AUGCCCUAUCUGGCUGAGUCCCCUUCAGAAAAUGAAGGUGAGGAUGGCCUGCUUCAGCAUAAGGAAACCAAGGAUGAGAACGUUCUUGAGGUCCCAGCUGGGAGUCCCUUCCAAGGACCACAGGAGAUGGAGAAGGUGGCUCACUCUGCCAAAGGAGAACCCAUCCUUAUGAUGGCAAGAAAAGUAACAGAUUAUAAUGCCAGCCCCAGUGCUCGACUAUUCUUAAUCACCUUGGUAGAGGAAAAGGUCUGGAGUGAUGGUUGUUCAUGGAAGGAACAGGAAAAGUGUAGGGUACAGUUCUCCUUCUUUGAGUUCCUCUUUGAUAUUGAUGGAGUGCUUUUAUGGGGCCAGCUUGUCAUUCCUGCUACUAAGAAAGCUUUCCAGAAACUAACAGAUUCAAAAGACCAGUUCCAUGUGUCAGUUGCAUUUGUAACCAGUGCUGGGAACCGCUCUCAGGACAGCAAAGCGAAAGAACUAUGUGAAGCCCUUGGAUUCAAGGUAUCUCCUGAAUGGGUAAUCCUCUCCCAUAGACCACUACAUUAUUUCCAUCAGUUCUAUGACAAGUGUGUGCUUGUCUGUGGACAAGGUCCCAUGGAAGAAAAUGCCAGGGACCUGGGAUUCCACCACAUCAUUACCUUUGAAGAGGUGAGGAAAGCAUUUCCUCUGCUGGACAUGGUUGAUCACAGCCAAAAGCCAAAAGAACGGUCUCCUCCACCCUCUGACUUCCCCACCAUAGAAGGUAUAAUUCUGUUCAAGGAGCCUGUCCAAAAGGAGACCCAUCUGAAGUUUAUUGACAUAUUCCUGAGCAACGGGAAUCUAGGGGUAGAAUUAGCUGCUAUGCCAUACCCACAUCUGCUUAUUCUGCCUUGCAACGUGGAUCUC